CCAGCGUUCUACAAAGCGCGGGAAGCCUAAAAACCCUAGAUGGCUGUGAAGUAAAAAAGCGGAGGGAUUUUUCAUUUUCUCGCAGAACCCAUCUUCGCUGAGGAGAAGAGCAGCAGCCGCGGCGGAUCUUCGCAGUAGCAUCCGAAAUGGGUAUCGAUCUAGUAGCCGGAGGCAAAAGCAAGAAGACGAAAAGAACCGCCCCCAAAUCCAACGAUAUUUACCUCAAGCUUCUCGUCAAGCUGUACAGGUUCCUCGUCCGUCGCACCGGAAGCAAGUUCAAUGCAGUUAUCCUGAAGAGGCUUUUCAUGAGCAAAGUCAACAAGGCCCCGAUUUCCCUCUCGAAACUGAUCCAUUUCACGAAGGGCAAGGAAGGUAAGAUUGCUGUUAUCGUCGGGACAGUCACUGAUGAUAUCAGGAUUCAUGAAGUUCCGGCACUGAAGGUGACUGCGCUGAGGUUUACAGAGCGCGCCAGGGCGAGGAUUGUGAAAGCCGGGGGAGAGUGCCUGACGUUUGAUCAGCUUGCCCUCCGGGCUCCGCUCGGGCAGAACACGGUUCUCCUCAGAGGUAGGAAGAAUUCACGUGAAGCUGUGAAGCACUUUGGAAAAGCUCCUGGCGUGCCUCACAGCCACACCAAACCCUACGUGCGAUCGAAGGGAAGGAAAUACGAGAGGGCUAGAGGGAGAAGGAACAGCAGGGGAUUCAGGGUUUGAGUCUCUUGUCAGUCUUCCUCCUAUUGCAAAUUUCCCUUUAUCCAUGAGGAUCUCUAUCUACUAUUAUUCAUGUUUUGCCAUGCUGUGUUUCGAUUUUGCUAGACAGGUAGUAAUUGCAGGAGUUUGCAUUUCUGUUCAUUUGCAGUGGAUCAUUUCUUAAAACCAUAUAGAUACAUUUUAUUUGCAAAUUGUGAUUGCCCUA